CAGAGAUGAAAAGGCUAUAGAUUUCUUCUCUUUUCGAUCUCGCCGAGUCUCCUCCGAAUUACAAUUUCUCUUCUCGCUCCAAGCUGAUGAGCUCUACCUCUUCCUCCCAGAUGGAUCAGCUCGUUGCUGACAAGCAUGUACGUUACAUUCUGAUGGCAGAAAAGAAGAAAGAGAGUUUGGAGUCUGUGGUGAUGGAUCAUCUAAGAAUGAAUGGUGCAUACUGGGGACUCACCACUCUCGACUUACUGGACAAACUGGGCACUGUUCCUGAAGAUGAAGUGCUUUCAUGGGUCAUGACUUGUCAGCAUGAAUCUGGUGGCUUUGCCGGUAAUACUGGACACGAUCCGCAUAUCCUAUAUACACUCAGUGCUGUACAAAUCUUGGCCCUCUUUGACAAAAUUAGCAUUCUUGACGUUGGGAAAGUAUCAAGUUAUGUUGCUGGGUUGCAGAAUGAAGAUGGGUCCUUCUCAGGAGAUAUAUGGGGUGAAAUAGAUACAAGGUUUUCGUACAUAGCUAUAUGCUGUCUCUCAAUAUUGAAAUGUCUUGACAAAAUCAAUGUGGAAAAGGCUGUUGCGUACAUUGUGAGCUGCAAAAACCUGGAUGGUGGUUUUGGGUGCACACCUGGAGCAGAGUCCCAUGCAGGACAGAUCUUCUGUUGCGUGGGUGCUCUUGCUAUCACUGGGAGUCUUCAUCAUGUUGAUAAGGACUUGCUUGGUUGGUGGUUAUGUGAAAGACAAGUAAAGACUGGGGGCUUAAAUGGACGACCUGAGAAACUCCCUGAUGUUUGCUAUUCGUGGUGGGUCCUAUCGAGCCUAAUCAUGAUAGAUAGAGUUCACUGGAUCGACAAAGCAAAGCUUGUCAAGUUCAUCUUGGAUUGUCAGGAUUUGGACAACGGAGGCAUCUCAGACCGACCAGACGAUGCUGUUGAUAUCUUUCACACCUACUUUGGAGUUGCAGGGCUUUCCCUCCUUGAGUAUCCUGGUGUCAAGACAAUUGAUCCAGCCUACGCUUUACCUGUUGAUGUCAUUAACCGGAUUCUCUUCACCAGAUGAUCGUUUACUUGGGCGGUUUUAGAAGUUAUGUUGGUCAACCAAGUGGACUGGAUUCAGUGAUUACAGUGAUGUUGAAGUUAGAUAAUCUUGGUUCAUUCCUUGAGCACUUUGCAAAACUCAGUAGUCUCAGUGUUGUAUAACUUCUCAUUGUUGCUUUAAUGGAAUGAAGUUGUGUUGCUACUUGCUACCUUAGACAAAUCACAUUACUGUUUCUUUCAAUUCUAGCAAACCGAACUAAAUUUUAUGUA